CUCCAUCGCCAGCUCCACCGGGCCCCUCAUCUCCCACCGCUCGUCUUCCUAAGCUCCUUCUCGCAGUGCAUCCCCCAUCCUUCGCUUGCUCGGUCGUCGUCUCUUUCUCCUCUUUUUUUUUCUUCCCAUUCUUUUUCCCUCAGGGUUCCAAAAGGGGAAUCACUAGGCAUCAUUCUCUUUCGUUUAUGCCUCAUCCCCUCCUGUCCUUAUUGCCUUCUUCGAUCGUUGGAUAAAGACUGCCAACCACGACAGGAAAACUGUCGGAUACCAGGACUGCUUUAGAUCACAAACCACUCGCCAGUCGCAGUUGCAGCAGCAGCAGCCGGCUUCCAGGACGACCAUGCCACCACCAAAAAUGAACGUGAAGCCUGCUUCGACCCACGCCUACAAGGCCCUGAAACUUCAGGAUCCCGGUACUACGGAUGUGUCCCAGCACCCUGCACAACCACACGGACCCGAUUCCAGCAACGGCAGCGGCAGCGACAGCGACACUUCCUCCUUGUGCGACCAUGAGGUCUUCCAUCUCCGGGGCACAAGCACCGACGGAAAUGUUUCCCUCAAAGCUUCUUUGACAAAGGGCUUACAAGAACCAACCCUGAAACCGAGUCAGGAUCUCCGGAUGCAUAUUCAAGGCGAUGGCGAUGACGACGAUGACGAUAACGGAAAUGACUCUGAUGACAACGAGCGUACACCCUUUGUCAAGAAAGAUGCGGAUUGGCAACGAUAUCGAACCCGGUGUCUGGCCGUGAUGGUGUUCCUGCUUACUGUGAAUGCUGUCUUGUUGAUCUGGAAACCUUGGCAGGGCAAGGACUCGUUGGCCCCCGUCUACAACAGCGCCGUGAAAGACCUUCCGGAGGAACAACCGAUCUGGCCCAUCCCCCGCUCAUUCACCUACGGGAACCAAACCGUCGUACUCAGUCCCGGAUUCCAGAUCAAGCUACACUUCAACACCGGAGAGCCCCUGAGCCCGGGAACGUAUCCGAUUCUGGAAAAGGCCGUUGCCCGAUGCAUGGACCGCCUGCAGUUCAAGCGCAAUACCACGAUUCCGGGAAGAAUGCCGACGGAAUUCGGAAUUAUCAACACCCCCGCCGCAGCAGCAGCAGCAGAUCAUGGGCCUGUGCUCUCGGAGUUGACCGUCAUUGUGGGCAAUCCGCAGGCGGCUCUGGAGUUCGGGAUGAAGGAGGCGUAUGCGAUCGAUGUUCAUGUGCAGGACGAUAGCCCAGCGGCUGUGGUACUGCAUCACUUGGUGAAGGGCUCGGUUCAGGAGCGAGCCCCUAUCGGACAAACGGACAAAGUGAACGCUACGUUGACGGCGAGCACACAGUGGGGUGUGCUCCAUGGUCUGGAGACGUUCUCGCAACUGGUUCAGGCCGUCAGAGCAGUGACGUCGAACGAACUCACGACAGCUCCGGACCAGAAGACAGACAACCAGCUCGAGAUUCCAAAUACGCCCUGGUUAAUCCAGGAUGAACCGCGAUACUCGCACCGGGGGAUUCUUUUGGACACCUCAAGGAAUUAUUACUUCGUGAAGGAUAUCCUGAGGACGUUGGAUGCCAUGUCGACAGUGAAGCUGAAUGUGUUCCAUUGGCAUGUGCUGGACCAGCAGACGUAUCCGCUCGUGUCAAAGACGUAUCCGGAACUGACGGCCAAGAGAGCCGAGCGGCCGGAUUAUUUGUAUACGCCGGAUGAUGUUGCCUUGAUUGUGCAAUAUGGCGAAGAGCGCGGCAUUCGUGUGGUUCCAGAGUUCGAUGCCCCGGGGCACACCGCCAGCUGGGGCCGUGCCUUCCCCAACAUCACGGUUUGCCUCGACAAGCAGCCCCACUACAAAUACGCAGCCGAACCUCCCCCAGGCCAACUCGAUCCUCUCGAACCCUUCACCUACACCGUCCUCAACAACCUGAUCCAGGAAUGGGCCGUCCAGUUCCCGGAUAGGCAGGUCCACGCUGGAGGGGAUGAGAUCAACAUGGCCUGCUGGAGGUCGGAUGACCGAUUGAGGGAUUAUAUCAAACAUCCAAAGAGCCGUGCAGGGUAUGAGAAGAGGCUGAUGCCGGUGGAGACGAGCUCCGGGAUGGAUGACACGAUAAGGCAGACGAACGCAAGAUCUAUCUUUGUACAGUCCGGGGAGGACCGGUUGUUGCAGGUUUACUUGGACAGGGCCUUUGGGAUGUAUACGAAGAAUGGGAAGAGGCCGAUCGUGUGGGAGGAGAUAGCGUUGGAACAUGACGUGAGGUUACCGGAUUCCGCCAUCGUCCAGGUCUGGAAGAGUGCCGGCAAUGCCAAGCGAGUGAUCAAACAGGGCCGACCCGUGAUCCUGUCCAGCGCCGACUUUUGGUACCUGGAUUGUGGGUUCGGCCAGUGGCUCCUCGGGUCACAAAGGGAGAGCUGGUGCAAGUACCGGAGUUGGCAGAAAGUGUAUUCAUACCGUCUGACGGACAAACUGAACACGGAGGAGCAAAAGCUGGUCUACGGAGGCGAAGUCUGUCUGUGGUCCGAGCAAUCCGACCCCUCGAACCUCGACUCCAACCUCUGGCCCCGUUCUGCAGCAGCAGCAGAGAUCCUGUGGAGCGGCUCUCAGGACGAGAAGGGCGAGUACCGCCCGCUGCUUCAUGCAGCCAAGCGCCUGGUCGCUGUGCGGGAGCGGUUGCACCAGAUGGGUGUCGCAGCCUCGCCCGUCUUCCCAGCCUGGUGUGGCAAGCACUUGGAAGCCUGUCUCGCCUAAUUCCAAUAUUUUUAGCCUAGCCUAUUUUUUUUUUUUUGCU